AUGGUGGGUCCCUCCCAAGCGGACAAAUCCACCCUCAAAUUCCUCUGCAGCUACGGCGGCAAAAUCCUCCCCCGUUAUCCAGACGGCAAGCUCCGUUACCUCGGCGGCCACACCCGCGUCCUCGCCCUCCCUCGCUCCACUCCCUUUUCCGGGCUUAUGGUGAAAUUGGGAGAACUAUGUGGCUCACACGUCACCCACCUCCGUUGCCAGUUACCCACCGAAGACCUCGACGAUUUGGUUUCCAUCACCUCUGACGAAGACCUCACUAACCUCAUAGACGAAUACGACCACGUUUCGUCUUUAAAAAUCAGAGCCUUCCUUUUCUCUUUGCCCACUCUGUCAAAAACGUCGUCGUCUUCCACGCUGUCGUUUUUCUGGCCUACGGUUACGGCUCUGCGCCCGGUUGUGGUACGUCAGAUGUCACCGGCUACCGCUAUGAAGAAGUCGAAUGUUCCUUUAGCCUACUCUGGUUAUCCCCGCAUUCAGGGGAAUCGGGGUGUCUCAUCUUCCUCCAUGUCAAGUACCACAAAGUCAACUCCUCGAUUGAAGCACGGUCUUGCUCAUAGUGAUGCAUGGUCGUUCUUUUAUUACUGUCAUGGGCGUCCUUGUAUAAGCACGGUCAUGCUUCUAUUGUAG